AUGUCUGCUCAAUUGCCAGAAAUAACUUUUGACGAAUAUCUAAAUGAGCAACUCAUCAAUAGUUUGAAUCUUCAAACUAAUGUAAUACAAAAUCUAGCACAAUAUUCUCGGCAUAUUUCAUUUCAAUUAGUGGACAUUAAGAACGAUGUAGAGAUACUAGCUAAUCGAGUAAUCGCUCUUCAACAACAGCAACAAUCUCAGUUUUUACCUCCGCUUCAAAUGUUUGUACAACCAUCAAUACCACCGUCCAAUUCUUUAUGUUUUUUUCCGCCAGCAAUGCAAGUUUUUCCACCUUUACACAAGCCAUUCUUUUCAACUACGCCUGAUAUACCAACUAAACCAGUACCAUUUUCAUUUUCUACAAUAGAACCUGAACCACUGUCACUCAACGCUCCAUUUGUCUUUGGUCCAAUUAGUUCGAAUGGUAUCACUACUUUAUAUGAUGAAGCUGAAGACACAAAUGAUCCAUAUGGGCCAAGUGUAUCAUUCAAGCCUAUUGUACAUUUAUCGCCGGUUAGAGUUAGAACAGGCGAAGAAGAUGAGCACGUUUUAUUUUGUGAACGUGCAAAACUUUAUCGUUUCGAUUUUUCGUCGAAUGAAAUGAAAGAACGUGGAAUAGGUGAAAUGAAAAUCCUACAACAUAAAACAACAAAGCAAUGCCGAAUAUUAAUGCGUCGUGAUCAAGUUUUUAAAGUUUGUGCAAAUCAUAAGAUCACAUCACAAAUGGAAUUACAACCACAUCGAGAAACAGCAAAUACGUUGAUUUGGUCAGCUAUGGAUUUUUCCGACGGUCAAUUUAAGCAUGAAACAUUAUGUAUAAAAUUUAAAACCAAUGAACAAGCAGUGAAUUUCUCAAAAAUAUUUCAUCAAGCAAAACUAAUAAAUCUUAAUGACACAGAUGAUCUACCAUCAAUAAAAGAUAUUUCAUUAAAUGAUGAUGAUAUAAUUACAAUCGGUGAAUUAAAGCCAACUGCGGAACAAAUCGAACGAGCAAAAAUUCUACAAUUACCAUUAACGUUUUACUUAUACGAAAAUAAACAGCCAUGUAAAGGUUGCCGUGGUUGUAGAGAAGAUUCAUCAUGGAUUCUACCAAAUGAAUCAUUUCAUGGAAAUCGAUUAAAUUCAUAUGAUGGUGCUACAACAUUAGCUUUUGACAAUAUGUCUAAUUUUCCUUCAGGCUUCUUUCCAAAUUCAUCUCCUUCGUCGCUUAUAUCAAUGGUGCCUACUUGGAUUCCGACUGGAGUUGAUACCUAUUCUUCUUCUUCUUCUUCUUUUAAUAUAUCUUCUUUACCAAAAGACCAACGAACGAUAAUAAAAGCUAAACGUUGUCUACCAAGUAACCGUGUUCCUCCUCCUCCAUCACCACCACAAUCUUAUUCCGAGCACCAACAAACUUCUAUUGGAGUAGAUGAACCAACAGCGGCUCGAACAAAUCAAAAGAAGACAAGAAAUUUUUCUUCUUCUACUCGUGAACCAUUUUCACUAGAUAGUUAUGCUUCGCAAAUGGCGCAAACUAUUAUAGACCAAGUUAAACAGGAACUUUAUAAAAUAAUGACUGAAGACCAAGUGCUAAAAACUAAUAAUGAUAAAACUACAACAGUACACGAUGAUAAUAAACCGUCCACUUUUUCUGCUAUUAAUUCCAGUUCAAUUCAAUCAAUCAACAAAAGCGUACCACCCAUUAAUAUCGAUUUAAUAUUUGGUAGUUUAGCAUCGAUCAAACCAUUGAAUAGUGGAUUUCCUUUUCCUAAUUUUGAUAAAGCCAAAAUACCAUCAACUGAUUUUUCACAAUCAAUACCAUCUCCAUUAAUAACAACUGACAGUGCUCCAUUAUUGAUGUUUGGUACUAUGCCAAAACUGAGUUUUUCUGAUAUAGCUCAACAGGCAUCAAAUUUUAAUUUAACAAAUGAUGAUAAACCAAGAGUCUUUCCUGGACAAGGUUUCCGUCUAUUCGGUCACGAUUUAACGAAUAAUGAUGAAGAUGAAGUUGAUUCUUAUGAACCAACCUUAUCAUUCAAACCUAUUGUACAUUUAUCGCCGGUUGAAGUUAGAACAGGCGAAGAAGAUGAGCACGUUUUAUUUUGUGAACGUGCAAAACUUUAUCGUUUCGAUUCUUCGUCAAAUGAAAUGAAAGAACGUGGAAUAGGUGAAAUGAAAAUCCUACAACAUAAAACAACAAAUCAAUGUCGAGUACUGAUGCGUCGUGAUCAAGUUUUUAAAGUUUGUGCAAAUCAUAAAAUAAUGCCACAAAUGGAACUAAAAGAUCAUCAAAGUAAAGAAAAUGCUUAUAUAUGGUCAGCUUUAGAUUAUUCUGAUGGUCAACCUAAACGCGAAACAUUAUGUGUACGAUUUAAAACAGUUGAUCAAGCUAAACGAUUUUUUCAACAAUUUAAUGAUGCUAAACAAAUCAAUUCUAAUAUUCAACAGUGA